ACUCAUGCCUUGCAGCUAAUGCAUUGCAAAACGAGCCAGGAUGGGGUUUCUGCACCAACUCUAUCUCUUGCUAUGGAAGAAUGUGACCCUCAAACGACGCAGUCCGUGGGUGCUGGCUUUCGAGAUCUUCAUUCCUUUGGUUCUCUUCUUCAUCUUGUUGGGUCUGCGGCAGAAGAAACCCACCAUCCCCGUGAAAGAAGCUUACUACACGGCUGCUCCGCUCACCUCGGCCGGGAUCUUGCCCGUGAUGCAGUCCCUGUGCCCCGACGGACAGCGAGACGAAUUCGGGUUCUUGCAGUACUCCAACUCCACGGUCACGCAACUGCUAGAGCGGCUCAACGAGGUGGUGGAGAAGAGCAAUUUCUUUGACCCGAACCACGCGGGGCUGGAAGAGGAUCUGGAGUCCUUACGCCGCCACUUGGAGUCUCUCAGCAGCAAUGAGCCCAGUGCCAUGGAGAGCCACUUCAGCAACCAGGCAGCCCCUGGCUUCACACUGGAUUCCACCGCCAAGGACAAACGUGAGUUCCACCGCUUCCUCACGCAGAACCUCUCUCUCUCCAACGAGACCGUUGAGCUGUUGACGGGGUCCAACGUUAACCUCAAGGAGGUGUACCGGCUGUUCUUUGGCACCUCUCCUGCCUCCUCAGGCGGCUUCCAGGAGCCGUGGGACCGAUUCAGCACGGCCGAGAAAUUGCUUCACCUGGAGGAAAGCCUGCUGGGGGGCCUGCGAGCGGUGGACGAUGGGCUGGUCCGUCAGGCGUUGCAUUACCCUCUGAAGGGCCCCCACAAGAAGGCCCUGCUGCAGCUCCUCUCCCAAGCCCUGGGCCUGGCUGGCCCCGUGGCCGAGUCCCCUGGCUCCUACAACCCUCAAGCUUUUGUGAAGGACAUGGAGAACAUUCUUUUCACACCCACCGUGCUGGAGACCCUCACUUGCCGCCCGAGUCAGGAGGAGCUGAAGCGCGUCCUGGUGGUCCCAGCACGCCAGCGCCCCCUCCUGCACGCGUACCAGGCUGCCAUCUGCAACAGGAGCGCCAGCCUACGCAAGGACUAUUUCGGGCAGCUGGCCGCUGAGCUGAAGGAGCAGCUGGAUGCCCGCAAGAUCAUCACCCAGCUUAAACUUGAUGAGGUGAACGGCACUGCGGCCCGGAACCGGCUCCGUGCCCUGCUGGAGGACUUGAUGGAGAUGGAGAAAGUUCUGAAGGACGUGGACAUCCUCUCGGCGCUAGCCAAGCUGCUCCCCCAGGGGGCAUGUGCUGCCAAGGCUCCCCCCACCACUUCGAACAGCACCAGCCCAUCCGGGAACUUCAGCUUCGGUUCCAAUUCCAGUGCGGAGGAGGGCAAAGGGGAGAGCGAGCCCCCGAUGGAGGACCCCCGUGGACAGUGCUCAGCUUUCGUCCAGCUGUGGGCCGGCCUGCAGCCCAUCCUCUGUGGCAACAACCGAACCAUUGAACCCGAAGCCCUGAAACAAGGGAACAUGAGUUCGUUGGGGUUCACUAGCAAGGAGCAACGGAAUCUGGGCCUCCUUGUUCACCUUAUGACCAGCAAUCCCAAGAUCCUGUAUGCUCCGGUCGGCACCGAAGUGGAUAAGGUCAUCCUGAAGGCCAACGAGACCUUUGCCUUCGUCGGGAACGUGACCCGCUACGCCCAGGUGUGGCUGAACAUCUCGGCUGAGAUCCGCAGCUUCGUAGAGGAGGGCAAGCUGCAGCAACGGAUCCGCUGGCUGCAACAGAUCGCUGCCGACCUACACAAGCAUCCCGAAAUCCUGAAUGUCUCAGACGGCGACGUGCUCCACAACCUCAUGGACAGCAACUUCUCUCUGCCCAACACCAGCACUCUCCUGCAGCAGCUGGACACCAUCGACAACGCUGCCUGCGGCUGGAUCCAGUUCAUGUCCAAGGUCAGUGUGGACAUCUUCAAGGGCUUUCUGGAUGAGGAGAGCAUAGUCAACUACACGCUCAACCAGGCCUACCAAGACAACGUCACCGUGUUUGCCAGUGUGAUCUUCCAAACCAACAAGGAUGGCACCCUCCCUCCCCACGUCAUGUACAAGAUCCGGCAAAAUUCCAGCUUCACGGAAAAGACCAACGAGAUUCGUCGGGCAUAUUGGCGGCCUGGACCCAACACCGGAGGCCGUUUCUAUUUCCUCUACGGAUUUGUGUGGAUCCAGGAUAUGAUGGAACGAGCCAUCAUCAACACCUUUGUGGGCCACGACGUGGUUGAACCCGGGAAUUAUGUCCAGAUGUUUCCCUACCCCUGUUACACCCGCGACGACUUCCUGUUUGUCAUUGAGCACAUGAUGCCCCUCUGCAUGGUCAUUUCCUGGGUCUACUCGGUGGCCAUGAUGAUCCAGCACAUAGUGGCAGAGAAGGAGCACCGCUUGAAAGAGGUGAUGAAAAUGAUGGGGCUGAACAACGCCGUCCACUGGGUGGCCUGGUUCAUCACGGGCUUUGUCCAGCUGUCCAUCUCGGUCACGGCCCUGACCGCCAUCCUCAAGUACGGGAAAGUUCUGAUGCACAGCGAUGUCUUCAUCAUUUGGCUCUUCCUCGCCAUCUACGCUGUGGCCACCAUCAUGUUCUGUUUCCUGGUGUCUGUGCUCUACUCGAAAGCCAAGCUGGCCUCGGCGUGCGGCGGCAUCAUCUACUUCCUCAGCUAUGUGCCUUACAUGUACGUGGCCAUCCGGGAGGAAGUUGCCCACGACAAGAUCACGGCCUUCGAGAAAUGCAUCGCUUCUCUUAUGUCCACCACGGCCUUUGGGCUGGGUUCGAAGUACUUUGCCCUCUACGAGGUGGCGGGCGUGGGCAUUCAGUGGCACACCUUCAGCCAGUCGCCCGUGGAAGGGGACGACUUCAACCUCCUCCUUUCGAUGCUGAUGCUGAUCAUUGACACCGUGGUCUACGGGGUGCUGACGUGGUACAUCGAAGCCGUGCACCCAGGAAUGUACGGCCUGCCCCGGCCCUGGUAUUUCCCGUUGCAGAAAUCCUACUGGCUGGGAAACGGCCGCACGGAGGCAUGGGAGUGGACGUGGCCCUGGUCGCGAACCACCCGCCUCAGCGUGAUGGAAGAAGACCAAGCUUGUGCCAUGGAGAACAGGAGGCUGGAGGAGACCCGCGGCAUUGAGGAAGAGCCGAUUCACCUUCCGCUGGUGGUCUGUGUGGACAAACUGACCAAGAUCUACAAGACGGACAAGAAGCUGGCCUUGAACAAGCUGAGCCUCAACCUCUAUGAGAACCAGGUCGUGUCCUUCCUGGGUCACAACGGAGCCGGCAAGACCACUACCAUGUCCAUCCUCACGGGUCUCUUUCCUCCGACCUCUGGCUCGGCCACCAUUUAUGGCCAUGACAUCCGGACCGAGAUGGACGAGAUCCGGAAGAACCUGGGCAUGUGCCCACAGCAUAACGUGCUUUUCGACAAGCUGACGGUGGAGGAGCACCUGUGGUUCUACUCGCAGCUCAAGGGCAUGGCGGAAGAGGAGAUCCGCAAGGAGAUGGACAAGAUGAUUGAGGACCUGGAGCUGACCCACAAGUGCCACUCGUUGGUACAGACCCUCUCGGGGGGGAUGAAGAGGAAGCUGUCGGUGGCCAUUGCCUUCGUGGGGGGGUCGAGGGCCGUCAUCCUCGACGAGCCCACUGCUGGCGUGGACCCCUAUGCGCGGAGGGCGAUUUGGGACCUCAUCCUCAAAUAUAAGCCAGGAAGGACCAUCCUGCUCUCAACGCACCACAUGGAUGAGGCGGACCUCCUGGGGGACCGCAUCGCCAUCAUCUCCCAUGGCAAACUGAAGUGCUGUGGGUCCCCCCUCUUUCUGAAGGGCACCUAUGGCGACGGGUACAAGCUGACGGUCGUGAAGAAGCAGUCGGACUCCCGAACCAAUGCGGACUCUGGGCAGACGCACAGCGCCCCCUGCCAUUCCGCCAUCAGCCCCUGCUCCGAAGUGCGGGUCACGCAGUUCAUCAAGAAGUACGUGGCUUCCUGCCUCCUCAUCUCAAACACCAACACGGAGCUCUCCUACAUCCUCCCCAGCGAGGCGGUCAAGAAGGGCUGUUUCGAACGGUUAUUCCAGCACCUGGAGCACAGUCUGGAUGAUCUGGAGCUGACCAGUUUCGGGCUGAUGGACACCACCCUGGAAGAGGUUUUCCUCAAGGUCUCAGAGGAAGAUCAGUCCCUCGAGAACAGCGAUGUGGACGUGAAAGAGUCCAAAAAGGACGCCCUGCCGCUGCCCGACCUGCAGCUGGGCCCCAAGCCCGAGGCCAACGGAGAAGCUCUUCUGGGCUCAGAGGCGCAUGAGAAGCCGGAGGCGGAUCGGGGCAACCUGCUUGCCUGUGCCAAACUGGCCCAGUCUCAGUCGUCGCUGCGCUCCUCGUCUUCGGCCGGCUCAGUGCGCGGCGAUGAAGGUGGGCCUUAUUCGGAGUUCUAUGGGGAUUACUCUCCGUUGUUUGAUAACCCGCAAGACCCUGAUAACGUCAGUCUGCAAGACCAAGAGGCCGAUUUGGAGGAGCCCACGCUGGCCGGCCAGGGCAGCUUCAAGCUGGAGGGCUCCUGGCUGAAACUCCGCCAGUUCCACGGGCUGAUCGUCAAGCGCUUCCACUGCGCCAAGCGCAACACCAAGGCGCUCUUCUCCCAGAUCCUGCUGCCCGCAUUUUUCGUCUGCGUGGCCAUGACGGUGGCUCUCUCCGUGCCCGAGAUAGGAGACCUGCCUCCCCUCACCCUCUCGCCAUCGCAGUACCACAACUACACCCAACCGAAAGGCAACUUCAUCCCGUACGCCAAUGAGGAACGGCACGAGUACCGGCUGAAGUGGUCGCCGGAUGCCAGCCCCCAACAGGUGGUCGGGACCUUCUACCUGCCCUCAGGGGUGGGCGCCACCUGCGUGCUGAAAACGGCGUUCAACAGCACCUUGGACCAGCUGGUGCAGUCCCUGAACCUCAACAGCAACGAGUCCAAGAUGUUGGCAGCCAAGUACUUCGACGCCAUGUGCGUGGACUCCUUCACCCAGGGCCUGCCCCUCUCCAACUUCGUGCCGCCCCCUCCGUCCCCCGCCCCCUCCGACUACCCCUUCUCCCUGGACGAGGACUUGCUCCGGGCCUGGAAUUCCACCACCUACCCGCCCACCGUCAAAGAAGCCGUCACCUCCGCCCCGUCCCUGCCCAGCGUCAUCCACGAACCCAUCAAGUGCACCUGCUCCAUGCAAGGCACGGGUUUCUCCUGCCCCAGCGGGGUCGGCGGCCACCCGCGCCAGAUGAAGGUGGUGACGGGUGACAUCCUGGUGGACAUCACGGGGCGCAACGUCUCUGAGUACUUGCUCUAUACGUCGGACCGCUUUCGGCUGCACAGGUACGGAGCGGUCACCUUUGGCAAUAUCCAAAAAUCCAUCCCAGCAUCCUUUGGGGCCAAAGCUCCUCCCAUGGUGCGGAAAAUCGCUGUCCGGAGAACCGCCCAGGUUUACUACAACAACAAGGGCUACCACAGCAUGCCCACUUUCCUCAACACCCUCAACAACGCCAUCCUCCGCGCCAACCUGCCCAGGAGCAGGGGGAAUCCCGCGGCCUAUGGUAUCACCCUGACCAACCACCCCAUGAACAAAACCAGCGCCAGCCUCUCCCUGGAUUACCUCCUCCAGGGCACCGACGUGGUCAUCGCCAUCUUCAUCAUUGUGGCCAUGUCCUUCGUGCCGGCCAGCUUCGUGGUCUUCCUGGUGGCCGAGAAGUCCACCAAAGCCAAGCACCUCCAGUUUGUGAGCGGCUGUGACCCCGUCAUUUACUGGCUGGCCAACUACGUCUGGGACAUGCUGAAUUACCUGGUACCUGCCACGUGCUGCAUUAUCAUCCUCUUCGUGUUCGACUUGCCGGCGUACACGUCGCCGACUAACUUUCCCGCUGUGCUCUCCCUCUUCCUGCUCUAUGGCUGGUCCAUCACGCCCAUCAUGUACCCAGCUUCCUUCUGGUUCGAGGUGCCCAGCUCAGCCUAUGUCUUCCUGAUAGUCAUCAACCUCUUCAUCGGCAUCACGGCCACGGUGGCCACCUUCCUGCUGCAGCUCUUUGAGCAUGACAAGGACCUCAAAAUGGUGAACAGCUACUUAAAAAGCUGCUUCUUGAUCUUCCCAAACUACAACCUGGGGCAUGGGCUGAUGGAGAUGGCCUACAAUGAGUACAUCAAUGAAUACUAUGCAAAGAUCGGGCAAUUUGACAAAAUGAAGUCGCCGUUUGAGUGGGACAUCGUGACCCGGGGCCUGGUGGCCAUGACUAUCGAAGGCUUCGUGGGCUUCUUCAUCACUAUCAUGUGCCAGUACAAUUUCCUCCGGAAACCACAGCGUCUUCCCGUGUCCACGAAACCCAUCGAGGAUGACGUGGACGUGGCAAACGAGCGGCACCGGGUGUUGCGGGGAGACGCUGACAACGACAUGCUGAAGAUCGAGAACCUCACCAAGGUCUACAAAUCCCGCAAGAUUGGGCGCAUCCUGGCCGUGGACCGCCUGUGCGUGGGCGUCCGGCCGGGAGAGUGUUUUGGCCUGCUGGGCGUCAACGGGGCCGGGAAGACGACCACCUUCAAGAUGCUGACGGGAGACGAGAGCACGACCGGCGGCGAGGCCUUCGUCAACGGGCACAGCAUCUUAAAGGAGCUCCUCCAGGUGCAGCAGAGCUUGGGCUACUGCCCGCAGUUUGACGCGCUCUUUGACGAGUUGACGGCGCAGGAACACCUGGAGCUGUACACCCGGCUGCGCGGCAUUCCCUGGAAGGACGAGGAACGGGUCGUCAAGUGGGCGCUGCAGAAGCUGGAAUUGGCCAAAUAUGCGAACAAACCUGCCAGCACGUACAGCGGCGGCAACAAGAGGAAACUCUCCACAGCCAUCGCACUUAUUGGCUACCCGGCCUUCAUUUUCCUGGAUGAGCCAACCACGGGAAUGGAUCCCAAGGCCCGGCGCUUCCUGUGGAACCUCAUAUUGGACAUCAUCAAGACAGGCCGCUCGGUGGUACUGACCUCGCACAGCAUGGAGGAGUGCGAGGCGCUCUGCACGCGCCUGGCGAUCAUGGUGAACGGGCGGCUGAAGUGCCUGGGCAGCAUCCAGCACCUGAAGAAUAGGUUUGGGGACGGCUACAUGAUCACAGUGCGGACCAAAUCCAGCCUGAACGUCAAGGAGGUGGUGCGGUUCUUCAACCGAAACUUCCCAGAGGCCAUCCUCAAGGAACGGCACCACACGAAGGUUCAGUACCAGCUGAAGUCGGAGCAGAUCUCGCUGGCCCAGGUCUUCAGCAAGAUGGAGCAAGUGGUGGACGUCUUGGGCAUUGAAGACUAUUCCGUCAGCCAGACGACGCUGGACAAUGUGUUUGUGAACUUUGCAAAGAAGCAGAGCGACAACUUGGAGCAACAGGAGUCCAGCCCGGCUUGUGCAAUGGAGUCUCCCCUGCAACGCCUGCUCAACCUCCUGCGGCCCCGAGCGGCCCCGACCGAGCUGCGUGCCCUGGUGGUGGAGGAGCCCGAGGACCUGGAGACAGACGAUGAGGGGCUGAUCAGCUUUGAGGAGGAGCGGGCUCAGCUGUCCUUCAACACCGACACGCUCUGCUGAGGACCGGAGGGGGAUGCGACCCCUUCCCUUGGCUUUGGAACCGCCUCAGACUCCCUCCCGCUUCACGUCCACCUUCCUGGGCCCUCCCUCCACUGAACCUCCGUCAAGCGGCUGUCAAGACCAAGGCGGCCGGAGCCGCGUGGAGGGCGGGGGCCUUGAGCAGGCUCCCAUCACAUGAGCAUCCGGUCUUUGCAGAGGGCCACGGCGGCUUCGUGU